AUGGUAAUCUCUGUGCCUGUUCUUUAGGUGAAGUCUGUGAAUAUAAUGCCCUGGCUUGUUAAGGACCAUUUUGAUACCACUGUCAAGAUGACUACGUACCUUGUGGCCUUUAUUAUUUCAGAUUUUAAAUCCAUCAGCAAAAUAACCGGUCAUGGAGCUAAGAUUUCCAUGUACACAGUGCCAGAAAAGAUCAACCAAGCUGAUUAUGCGUUAGAUGCGGCAGUGAAACUUUUAGACUUCUGUGAGGAUUAUUUCAGCAUUCCAUAUCCUCUACCUAAGCAAGAUAAUUCAGCUAUUCCUGAUUUUCAGUCUGGUGCUAUGGAAAACUGGGGAUGGCCCACAUACCAGGAAUCUGUGUUGUUCUACAACUCUGAAAAGUCCUCAGCAUCUUCUAAACUUUGGAUUAGUAGUAUGGUAAUAGCCCAUGAGCUGGUUCAUCAGUGGUUUGGCAACCUCGUUACCAUGGAGUGGUGGAAUGAUCUGUGGUUAAAUGUAGGGUUUGCAAAGUUUAUGGAGUUCAUGUCAGUCAGCAUUACCCAUUGAGAACUGAGAGUUGAAGACUAUUUCUUAAGGAGAUGUUUUUAUGCCAUGGCAGUGGAUGCAUUAAAUUCCUCACAACCUCUAUCUACUCGUGUGGAAGGUCCAGCUCAAAUUUUAGAGAUGUUUGAUAAUGUAUCUUAUGAGAAGGGAUCUUGUAUAUUAAAUAUGCUGAGGGACUACCUGACUGCUGAUGUGUUUAAAGCUGGACUUCUGCAGUACCUGCAGAAAUACAGCUAUUGAAAUACAAAAAAUGAAGAUCUGUGGAACAGCAUGAUAAAUAUUUGCCCUACAGGAGGUACUAACAAUGAACCACAAGGUGAUGGUUUUUGCAGAAGAAGCCAACAGUCAUCUUCAUAUGCACACUGGACUAAAGGAGAAACUCUUGAUGUGAGGGCAACGAUGGGCACUUGGACACGGCAGAAAGGUUUUCCCCUGCUAACUGUCACAGUGAGAGGGAAGAAUGUCCACCUGCAGCAAGAGUACUACGUGACAGGGGUAGAUUCUCCUUCAUCCACAGGAUACCUGUGGCACAUUCCACUAAACUACAUUACCAGUAAAUCUGACACUGUUCAGAGAUUUUUGAUGACAACUAAAGCCGAUGUUGUUAUCCUUCCGGAAGAGGUGGAGUGGGUUAAAUUCAGGGUGGACACAAAUGGAAUGGUGCACUAUGAAGAUGAUGGGUGGGAUCAUCUGAUUAACCUUUUGAAAGAGAACUAUACAGUGAUUAGCAGCAAAGACAGAGCAAGUCUCAUUAACAAUGUAUCCAGGUCGUGAGGUAAGGCCGCCUGUCCAAUUUCCAAAACUUUUGAUUUGACUUUAUAUCUGAAACAUGAAAGACAAAUCGUGCCUGUACUUCAAGGUAUGAAUGAACUAAUUGCUAUAUACAGGCUCAUGGAGAGGAGGGAUAUGGAUGGUACAGAAAAACAGUUAAAGGAGUAUAUAGUCAGUCUAUUUAAAUACCUGAUUGACAAGCAGUCUUAGCGUGAUGAAGGCUCAGUAUCUGAGAGAUUGCUUAGGCACUCGCUCCUGCUUGCGUGUGUGCACAGGUACCAGCCAUGUGUGGACAAAGCCAAAGGGUAUUUCACAGAGUGGCAGAAAUCCAAUGGAACCUUGAGUUUGCCAGCAGACGUGAAGACAACAGUGUAUGCUGUUGGAGCACAAACAUCCGAAGGCCGGGAUUUCCUCCUUAGUAGGUACAGAAUGAACUCUUUCAGUGGGGAGAGAGAAAACAUGAAAUUAGCUCUCAACCUCAGCAGAAGUAAGGACAAACUUCAGUGGUUAAUGGAUCAAGGUCUGCAUGGUGACAUCAUAAGAACUCAGGAUCUUCCAUUUAUUGUUGUAUUUGUUGCCAAAACCUCAUCUGGCUAUCAUCUACCUUGGACAUUUUUAAAAGAAAAUUGGGAGAAAGUUGUAGAAAAUUCCCUGGGGGAAAAAUGUGUACGGCUUCACUGUGUCCAGCAAGCUAUUGAAACCAUUGACAAUAUACAAUGGAUGGAUUGAAAUUUUGAGAAACUCAAAACAAGGUUGCAAAACAACCAUCUGUAA